CAGGCAAGCGACGUCUCAGGCCACUUCACAUAUGCUGUCGCUGUGCGACCUCGACGACGAGCUUCUCUGCUGCGCGUUCCGCAGCCUCAGCGCGCACGAGAUGGCUCGCGUGGCCUGCGCCCGCGCCGGCUGGGGCGCAUUGGUGACGCGGGUGGCGGAGGAGCAGCUGCGGCUGCGGCGGAAGCUGCCUACGGGCCAAGGGGCAUGGCCGUGCUGGCUGAGGAGCCUCGCGGCCCUGCAGCUGCUCGAGUGUCUGGUGGGGCCGAUGCCGACGCGCACGUGGAGAGACGAGUUUCCAGCCCUCCGUGCCGAGGAGAGCCGCCGGAGAGCCCAGCUCAACGCAGACGACGCGUCCCAGUACUUCACAGACGAGUCGGACUACAUGCCCGGGGGCGUGUUUGCCCUGGACAGCUUUCUACAGGAGGAUUACGCCAAGGACGCCGUUCAGGCAAAGGUGGCGGCGGGCUGGGCGGCAGCGGACGCGGUCGCAUUCGAGGCGACGAACGAGAGCGACCUCGCCUUCGCCCCGUCGCUGCGCGAGCGACAGGAUCGGUUCGCGGCCACGCUGCACACGCGCUGCGGCAUCGCGUCCAGGCUUGCCGGAGAUGCAGCAGUGCCACAGGAGCGCUUGUUCGGCAUGAUCGACGGCGUGGACGGCCUCGCUCACGGCGAUGCCGUGUGGGCGGUGGGGCGGAUGCUGGAGUGCGGGGUCGGCGGCUCCUUCACCACCUCGUGCGAGUGCAGCUGUGUGCAGGGCACCCAGUUUCGGGACGAGGCGGGCUGCUCCUUUUUCGACCAUGACACGCAAUCAUGGCGGUGCUGGGACUCUGCCAUUGUCGCCGUGCGCAGCUCGCCGCCCGACAGCAGUGGCUUCCACGCACCCAUCUUUGACCCGGUCACGCAGCAACGGCGCACGCGCGCCUACGCCGUGCAGAACCCCGUGUCGUGGUGGGUCCCGGCCCUCAGCCGGAUCACCAUCGAGGAGGUGCACGCGCCCGGCGAGUGGCAGGUGCGAGGGCUGCGCGUGCGGCAGCGCCUGUUUGUCGUGUCGAUCAGCUUUGGCUGAAGAAGAGCGGCAAGGCUGUGGUGUGCUCUCUUGAGACCUGGCGUGUGUCCGUUGAGAGAGACGAGUCCGGGAGGAACGACGAGAUGUCACCGCGACCCGCUGCGCCGAUUAUUCCUUUUUUGUUUUGAGGGCCACAAAAAGGAGAU